CAGUACAUAACUCUGUACCAUAUUUAUCCAUUACUCUUUGCAUGAUCGUACCAAGGGAGGGUUUUGGAACUUACAGGGUUCAUAAUUUCUUUUCUUCCUUUUCACCUUAAUCAAUUUCACAAUCAAGCAUGCAAAUCUGCACUCUGGUUAUGGCUAUGUUUGAUUUUAUCUGAUUAUCAAACUAUAUAUUUCCAUUAUUGGAGAGUCAUGCCCAAAUUUCACAUUUGUGAUAUUUGAUUAAUGUCUUUUGCGGAUUUGUGGCUUAUCCCAACUGCGUAUUCUCCAAAUUUCAGUUCAAUCUGCUUAAAUCCCAACUGCGUAUUCUCCAAAUUUCAGUUCAAUCUGAAGUUGUUGCUAAAGUUUCAUCUAGGUCACUUCAUUUUUGAACACAGAGGAUAAAAAAGCUGCAGCAAUUUCUCAAAUUUUAUCCGUUUUUCGAAACCCUGAAAUCUUUUGAAAAUGGACAGUGUUCAUGAGAAUGAAACUCGAAGUGUUCAUGGUGUCAACGAUGCAUCUAACCAGCAAUUUUUUAAUCAAUCUAAUGCUGAGUUUGGGCAUUUCAAGAAGCCCAGAUUUUCUGAAGCAAUGAGGAAUCCAAGGGUUUACCUAACAAUCAACAGGUCGAAAUUGGACAUUCCCUUCAAAUCAGAGUUGUGCAUUCUGUUCCAAAGAGGCAAAUGCUAUUAUGGUGACAAUUGUCAUUAUGCCCAUAGCAUGAGUGACAUUAGGAAUCAAAGUUUUAACGGGCCUGCAAAUGGGUAUCAAAGAAAUACAAUGAAUAAAUGGAAAAAGUGUUUUAAGUUUUCUAGUGGGAAAGGUUGUCCUUAUGGCGACAAAUGUCAAUUUCUUCAUGAACGUGUUGGUGAAUACAGGGAGAGUUCUGCUAUCAGCAUUGUGAAUGGAGCUGAUCAGAUUGAAUGCAAGAGUUUGAAUGCAGGUCAAGAGUAUAAGAGGCUGAAUUUUCGCAAGAUGAAGCUCUGUAACAAGUGGGAGAAAUUUGGAAGCUGUCCUUAUGGGGUGAAUUGUGUCUACGCUCAUGGACAAGCAGAACUGCAAAGGUCUGGUUGCAUUACUGAGCUGGAAUGUGCAAAUGCUUCCAAUGCAAAAGCUGUUGCUAUGCAAUCCAGUGAUUCAGAACAAAAGACUGCUCGUGAGCUGAGGCUACAAGGCAAAAGGUGCUUUACAAAGUGGAAUGUUGAGAAGAUUAAUCGUAUCUAUGCUGAUUGGAUUGAAAGCUGAAUUUGAGUAAUCUGUUGCUUUAUAUUCUUUUGCGAGGAUAAUGACAGUGUGAAUCUUUACUGUUGGCAGUUUGGUCGAAUUCAACCAGUUACUUGAUUGACUAAAGACUUGGUGUUUAGCUUUUCUUUCUGGUUCUUGCAUCUACAUGAUAGAUCUGAAAAACAGCUUUUACAUAGUGUGAUUUGUUGUAUGAAAA